UGAUAUUUUCUAAUUGUCAAGAGCUUUCUUUCUCAAGUUACCUCUAGUGCUGGAAACAAACACUAAGAAGAGAAAAAUGGAUCCCUCAUUUUGGGCAUCAGAAACUAACAGAUUUCGACGAUUCACCCCUGAGUCCCUGGCAGCAAUUGAGGAAAGAAUUGCCAACAAAAAAAAGGAACAAGUCAAUGUUAAAGGAAAGAAUAAGGAGCAAGGAGUUGAAGAAAAGCGUAGUCCUCAACUUGACCUGAAAACCUGCAAAAAGUUGCCAUCUCUGUAUGGGGACAUUCCUGCAGAGCUGGUUGGGGAACCCCUGGAGGAUUUUGAUCCAUACUACAGUGAUCACAAGACUUUUAUGGUGAUAAGUAAAAGGAGGACUAUUUUCCGGUUUACUGCCGCACCUGCCUUGUUUAUAUUUGGUCCUUUUAAUCCAGUCAGAAAAACAGCAAUUAAAAUUCUGAUACAUUCAUAUCCUUUCAUUGAAGUCUUCUGGCCUGAACAUGUUUUCACUGCCAUAUAUACUACUGAAAUAUUGAUUAAAAUAGUAGCAAGAGGAUUUGUUUGUAAUGAAUUUACUUUUCUUCGAGAUCCAUGGAACUGCUUGGAUUUUUCUAUUAUUAUUGUAAUGUACAUUACUAUAUUUCACAAUGUUGGCAAUGUUUCAGUUCUUCGAACUUUCAGAGUACUGAGGACUUUGAAAGCGAUUUCAGUAAUACCAGGUCUGAAAGUCAUCGUCAAUUCCCUUGUUGAGUCUGUUAAGAAGCUCGUGGAUGUGUUGAUCCUGACUGUAUUUUGCUUGAGUGUAUUUGCACUGAUAGGCCUCCAGCUUUUUAUGGGCAAUUUAAAAUCCAAAUGUGUCCUCAAGGGAACUCACUACAAUGAAUCAUUUUGUAAGGAUCCCAAGAUAUAUGUACCAAAUGAUCAAGACAAAUGCUCCAGAUUAAAAGACUCUUCUGAAAUAUUGCUCUGUGGGUACACUGGAGAACCCGAUAAAGAGUGUCCAGCAAACUACACCUGUCAGAAGACUGGGAACAAUCCUGACUUUGGUUAUACAAGUUUUGAUCAUUUUGGCUGGGCCUUCCUCUCUGUGUUCCGUCUCAUGACCCAGGACUACUGGGAGCGUCUCUACAGACAAACCAUCCGUACAUCUGGAAUAUCCAGUGUCUUUUUUUUUAUGGCUGUCAUCUUCUUCUGCUCAUUUUAUCUCUUCAAUCUGAUCUUGGCUGUGGUAACUAUGGCAUAUGAAGAGGAAAAUAGAGCUACUCAUGCUGAAACAGUGGCAAAGGAAAAACUGCUUCAGGAUGCCAAACAAAUUAUAGAGAAGGAACAGAUGCUGGCUGUGGAAGAAAGCAGUAAGGCCUUGCAUGGUGGAUCUGAAAUGCCAGUUGCUGACUUGAAAAAUUCAGAAGGAAAAGAGAGUAAUAAAAAAACACCUACUUCAAGGCAAAACUUGAUUUUAGAUGACCAGGAAAAUGAGGAGAAAAUAUUUCAUUCACAGCCUGAUCACUGCCAAAAGAAGCUUAGGCAGAUCCUGCUGACCUAUGAGGUGUCAGUGGAUGCUAUCAAUGAUCCUGUCCGAAGACAGAGGUUAAUGAGUGCAGCCACAAUUCUUACAGAUAAUUCAAAGUCAAAACUGCAUUGUCCUACAUUUUGGAAAAAUCUCCCUAAGAAAUAUCUUAUUUGGAAUUGUUGUCCAUUCUGGAGAGCAGUCAAAGAGAAGAUGAAAUUGGUAAUUUUGAAUCCAUUUGUUGAUCUCUUAGUCAUGGUUUGCAUUAUCUUGAAUACCUUAUUCCUGGCUAUGGAGUACCCUGGCAUGCAACCACAUUACCAACAACUGAUUUCAUUAAGUGACAAGGUCUUCACCCUGAUUUUUACCACAGAAAUGAUCUUGAAAAUCAUUGCUCUAGAUCCUUACUACUAUUUCCAGAAAAAGUGGAAUAUUUUUGAUAGCUUUGUUGUUUUGAUUGGCCUAGCAAGCUUUGGAACAAAUCUGUCACCUUUCAGGCUGCUCAGGAUCUUCAAAUUGGCAAAGUCCUGGCCAGCCUUAAAUACUCUUAUGAGAAUAAUUCUACACUCAUUUGGUGCUCUGAGUAACCUCACUCUGGUUCUGGCAAUCACUGUAUUUAUUUUUGCUGUAGUAGGAGUGCAGAUUUUGGGCAAUGAUUAUGCCACAUAUUACUCUAAUAUAAGCCCCAGUAGUGAAUUACGCUGGCAUAUGAAAGAUUUUAGUCAUUCAGUCCUGAUUAUAUUCCGAAUAUUAUGUGGAGAAUGGAUUGAAACUAUGUGGGAAUGCAUGGAAGUGGCUGGAAAAAAGAAAUGUCUCAUAAUUUUCUUGCUUGUCCUGGUGCUAGGAAACCUGGUGGUGCUCAACUUGUUCAUUGCUUUGCUGCUGAGUUCGUUCAACACUGAUGGCCCAGAGGGACAAGAGAAGGCUGGAGAAGGGACUAAAUACCAAAUUGCCAUUGCACAUAUUCACAGCAGCCUGAAGGCUGUGAAAGACAGAAUUUGGGAUCACUGCUGCAAAAGAAUGAGAGGAAGCCUCAGAAGAACAAACAAAAAGAAGACUUUGGCAGAAGUUUCUGGGAAAGGCAUAGAGGUUAUUAAUUAUGCCAUGACAGAUGUCACAAAACAUAUAGACAGCAGCUGCUUUGAUAUAGAGCGUUGCCAUAUGGAAGAGAGUUCCUCACUAGCAAGAAAAUAUGAAGACGUUUUGACCAUCCACAGUACCUGUGUUCCCAUUACAGCAGCAGAGGUUUCCUCCAAGGAAGGUGAUGAUGGGCAGAUUUUGCACACAGCUGUAGAAUACAGAAAACAGGGAGACAAUUUAAGACACAGAGAACAGUGGCAGAAUUCAAACAGCUUCAAUCAGAGUUCUGGGGCUUCUGAAACAGUAAAUGUUUUAACAAUAACACACCCAAAGAAGGAACAAAAAGAGAAAUACAAUGCUGCUCGUAGCUUUUCUGAAGCCAGCACUGUGGAUCCAGUUGCUCUUCUGGAGAUGCUUUCCCAGAGUAAAAACUCACAGCUGCCUAAGGACUGCUUUGUAGAAAGUUGUGUUGAGUGUUUCCCUCGUUGUGCAGUGGAUAUCACUCAGUUUCCAGGCAAAACUUGGUGGAACUUUAGAAAAACCUGCUACAGAAUUGUUAACCAUAGUGGGUUUGAAUAUUUUAUGAUUUUUAUGAUUGUAUUGAGCAGCGCAGCACUGACAUUUGAAGAUAUUCACCUACAGAAGAGGCAAAAAGUGAAAAUUAUCCUAGAUUAUGCUGAUAAGAUAUUUGCCUACACCUUUUUUAUGGAGAUGCUUCUGAAAUGGGCAGCUUUUGGUUUGCACAGUUAUUUCACAAAUUCUUGGUGUUUGCUGGACUUCAUCAUUGUGUGUCUGUCCUUUGUUUCCUGGGGACGAAAUUCUGUUUCUGAAGAUUCCUCACCUUGUUCCUCUGGGACCAGCCUGAAAUCUCUCAGGACUUUUAGAGCACUGAGGCCUUUACGAGCUUUGUCAAGAUUUGAAGGCAUAAAGGUUGUUGUGAAUGCGCUCUUUGGAGCCAUCCCCUCAAUCUUCAACGUUCUGCUUGUCUGUGUCGUCUUUUGGCUCCUCUUUAAUGUUCUAGGAGUAAAAUGGCUUGGAAGCAGAUUUUGGAAAUGCACAUUCAAAAAAGAAAAUAAUGUUUCCAUUAAUAACAAAACUGAUUGUUUUUUACACAAUGGGACAUGGAUGAAUAGUGCUGUAAAUUUUGACAAUGUUGGCAAUGGAUAUUUGGCACUUCUCCAAGUGGCAACUUUUAAAGGUUGGAUGGAUAUUAUGUAUGCAGCAGUGGAUUCACGUGAGAUCGAUCAACAGCCAAAAUUUGAAGAACGCUUCAGCAUGUAUGCAUUCUUUGUGGUUUUCAUUAUUUUUGGAUCUUUCUUCAUGCUGAACCUUUUCAUUGGAGUGGUUAUCAGCAAUUUUAACCAGCAAAGGAAAAAGAUAAGUGGAAAAGAUCUAUUUUUGACUGAGGAACAGAAAAAGUACCAUAAUGCCCUAAAAAAACUUGGAUCCAAGAAACCCCAAAAACCCAUCCCAAGACCAUCGAAUGCAUUCCUAGGAUUGCUGUUUGACAUUGUAUCUCACAAAAUAUUCGACAUCAUCAUUAUGAGUUUCAUCUUUCUAAAUGUGAUUGUUAUGAUGGCAGAAACCAAUCACAAAGACACCAAGGAUGUUCUUAAUAAAAUCAACUAUUUUUUUGUGGCUGUAUUCACUGCAGAGUGUGUCAUAAAAAUACUGGCCUUAAGGCACUACUACUUUGGAAGCGGCUGGAACGUGUUUGAUUUCAGUGUUGUGGUCCUUUCAAUAGUGAGUCUUGCAGUUUCUGAAGGAUUUCAAUCUUCCUUCUCCCCUUCGGUUUUGAGAACUCUUCGUUUGGCACGAAUUGCCCGAGUUCUGAGAGUAAUUCACGGAGCCAGGAGAAUUCAAACUCUUCUUUUUGCAUUGCUGAUGUCUCUUCCUGCCCUGGUCAACAUUGGCCUUUUGCUUUUCCUGAUAAUGUUCAUUUAUGCCAUCAUGGGCAUGGCAAACUUUGCCUGUCUCCACUGGGAUGGUGGGAUUGAUGACAUUUUCAACUUCCAAACAUUUUGUGGGAGCAUUCUCUGCCUCUUCCAAAUUACCACAUCAGCUGGCUGGGAUAAUCUUCUGGCCCCUGUACUAAAAGGAUCUGGACCGUGUGCUCCCCAGUUAAAUGAAACAGGAACAGAGAAAAAUAAUUGCAUAAGUAAGGGCUUUGGUAUUUUCUAUUUUGUAAGCUAUGUCAUUAUAUCAUUUCUCAUUGUUGUAAAUAUGUACAUAGCUGUCAUUUUAGAGAACUUCAAUGUUGCCACUGAGGAAAGCACAGAUCCUCUUUGUGAGGAUGACUUUGAUAUGUUUUAUGAGACAUGGGGAAAAUUUGACCCUCUGGCAACGCAGUUUAUAGAUUAUUCUGCUCUUUCAGACUUUGCAGAUGCACUGGAAGAGCCCUUGCGCAUCCCAAAGCCUAACAAAAUCCAGCUCAUAUCCAUGGACAUCCCCAUAGUUAGUGGAGAUAAGAUCCACUACUUGGAUAUCUUGCUGGCUUUCACUAAAAGGGUCUUGGGAGAAUCUGGAGAUUUGGAGGAUCUUGAAUUAAACAUGGAAGAAAAGAUUGCAGCUGCCAAUCAAUCUAAAAGUAGUUACAGCCCAAUUUCCUCUACCCUUAGAAGAAAACAAGAGGAAGUGUCAGCUGUUGUUAUUCAAAGAGCCUUCAGGAAGUAUUUGAGACAACGUUCUCUUGAAAAUUUAUCCUUAUACCAUUGUGAACAUAACAAUGCUGUCUUUGAACGAGAAACACAGGACAGGCAAAGUAUUCUUGAAUCACUGCUUGAUGAAAAUCAUGGUAGGAAGAAAGAUAAAUUACGUCCUGUCUCUUCCAUAUCCCUCCCUUUAUAUUAUGGUGGCUUUGCUAAGACAGACAGCAAUAAGCUUGACACAUGAGCUUGCUCCCAGCUGCAGCAUUUCCAAUUAAACCAAUGUCACUUAUUUUCAGAUGGAGACCAUAUUUUGAUCCCACAAAUGUUCUAAAUUUAGAAUAAUAACAGCAGCCUUCCAGUAUUCUAAUUGUUCAGAUUUGCAAAUGCUCCUUAAAGCAAUGAAAAUUUGAACAAUUAUAUCGUAAAUGUUAGAGGAAAAUCAAACCAUGGAAUUUUUUUCCUCAGCUACUGGAGUUGGUGAGUUAAUUUUUUAAGCUGUCAUUUUUAUAUUAGUUCAUGUGUCUGCAGAAGAAGUCAAAGAUCAGUUGUGAGCACUUAUUUAUAACCACACAAGGAUAUAGAAUAAGGUAUAUGUCUUUAUGGAGAACCAAUUUUUCUGUACAGGAUUUAUUGUAGCAAAAUUAAGUAAUUACUGCACUUCUGUAAAAGAGCUCACUCAAGGCACUUGAGUAUAAUCAGCCUCUAAUUUUGAUGUUUUUGGGACCAUUCUCCUCCUAAUAUCUUUGAAUGGAUUUGUUUAUGCCUAAGAAUUUUUGAGGUGUCCUUACACAAACACCUAAAGGGAUUUAACAGAUCAUCCUCAGUUGCCUGUACCUGAAACUUGUACAUAAUUUGUCCUUUGUAUAAUUCAUUGUAUGAAAAUUGUUGUAAUCAUAAUCAAAAUCAAAGAAUGUUGUGCGAGAGAUAUUGUUUCCAAGAAAGAAUAAUUGUACAUAAAAUUCCAUCAUUAUCCCUAGAAAGCACUACUUAGUAAUCUGAAAAGAAGUUUAUGGUGUAUCUUGUGAGAUAACAUUCAUUUAAGUUAAUGAAAGCAUUUAUUUCUUUGAUUCUGGAAAAAAAAAAGUAUGAAUGAUGUGUAAAAAUAUUUUACUGAUUUUUUUUUUUUUUUCAGUUUGGAAUAUGAUUGAUUUAGAUUCUUCAAUAAAGAGUUCAGAUGCUUACCCUAUUUUUUGUCUAUUUUCUAAUAAGUAUCUUCAAUUUCAUUUAUUACAAGACAUAAUCUAUUAUUGUGGGAUAGAACAACACUAAUAUAAUUUUCCCAAUUAUUACCCAGCUUCCCAAAGUAGCUGCCUAUUAGCAAAAGAAAACUGAAAUUAUUUUUCUAUUCACAGGGAGUUGGAAAAGAUUUAGAAUUUUCAGGCCAAGAAUAUCAAGAACAAUGAGGUAAUGAAUUUUUACUGUCAUUUACCUUAUUAAAAACUAUUAAAACAGGACAGAUUUAGUCAAAACUAAGCUAUUUUCAGGACAUAUAAAGGCACAGGCAAGUGAAGAGUUAAAGAGCUCGGAUACAGUAUAGUUUGAAAUGGAUUUAUUUUGGUCAAACAUUGGAAGAGCCCCCCCAGGGAAGUGGUGGAGUCCCUGUCCCUGGAAAUGUUCAAAAAAUGAGGUGAUGUGGCACUUGGUGCUGUGGCUUAGUGGGGAUGGAGGUGUUCAAUCAAAGGGUGGACUUGAUGAUCUUGGGGGGGUCUUUUCCAACUUUAAUGAUUCUGUGAUUACUUUCAGAGCCAGUUUUUGUUCAUAAAAAAAGCUCUGCAGAGCUCCCAGGAGAGCUCAGGGGUCAGCAGCCCUGGGCAGUGCAAUGCAGAGAUACCUGGUGGGUCUGUCUCCCACCCAGCCUGAGUUGUUCCAUGCACAGAGAUGCUGGUCAGGAAAUUAUUUUAUUCAAUGUGAGCUGGAAUGGGCUCUGGAAUGAACCAUUAGCUUUUGUUCCAUUAGAUGGCAGCAUUUACUGUGGUUUAGGAUUUGGGCAGUCUUCAGUGAAACAGGUGAAACUCACACACUUCAGCAUAGAGCUACUAAAUUAAUUCUAAAUUGUUCAGAAGAAAAGUGUCACAAGUCUCUUUUUCCCUGUCCUGGGCU